AUGGAGGAACAUCACCCCCACUUUGUUGUCAUUACUGAAACUCAGGUUGGUGGAGACCAAGGUAUAAAUAUUUGCAAAAGCUUGGGUUUCCCUAAUUUUCAUGUUGCUGAACCAGUUGGUUUUGCUGGUGGUAUUUGGUUACUCUGGAAUAGUCUUGAGAUCCAUUGCGAUGUCCUCUCGGUCACGCAGCAGGAGAUCCACGCGUGUAUCCAGGUUCUAUCUCAACCUUCUUCUUGGCUUUUUUCUUCUAUUUAUGCUAGCCCUCGUUUUAAUCUCAGGAAAUUACUUUGGGAAAACCUCAAAUUUUUUGCUAACUCCCAUCAUCUGCCUUGGUUGUUGAUGAGGGAUUUUAAUGAAAUUCUGACUAGUACAGAGAAAUUUGGAGGCCAACCUAUUGAUACUCGGCGAGCUUUACUGUUUAAGGACUGUUUAGACCAUUGUGGGUUGAUCGAUAUGGGCUUCUCUGGGCCUCGAUUCACUUGGAAUAAUUGCCGACAGUCAGGUUGUUUCAUUAGCGAAAGAUUGGACAUAAGUCUUUGUAAUGAGAGUUGGGCCCAACUUUUUCCAAAUAAUAAAAUCCUCCACCUCCCUAAACUCCACUCGGAUCACUGUCCUAUCCUUUUGCACACCCACGCCAACCCCCCUCCCCGGGCUGCUCGACCCUUUCGGUUUGAAACCAUUUGGCUAUCCGAUCCCUCCCUCAGUGUUGUGGUGUCUGAGAGUUGGACUGACUCUAGCCCUUUCCUUCAAGGGACCAAGAUGUUUGUCGACAGAGUUUCAAUUUGGAACCGAAAUACUUUUGGUAACAUUUUCUUCCAAAAAAGAAAGCUUGCUAACAGAAUUUUAGGCAUCCAAAAAUCACUGGAUUCGGGUCCUUCCCAGUUUUUACUCCGCCUUGAAGGGUCCCUUAUUUCUGAUUAUAACCGCAUUCUUCGUCUUGAGAAGGAAUUUUGGGCACUCAAAAGUAGAGUUGACGGUAUUAAGGCUAAUAUCCUUACCCAUUUCAAGGACUUGUUUACCUAUUCCUUCCUCCAGUCUCGCCGUGUUGAGUUUCCCUUCCGGUUGCUAGCUUCUAUUGACUCGGUUCAUCAUCCUGCUCUAGUGGCUACACCUUCUUUGGCUAAAAUUAAGAGGGUGUUAUGGUCCUUCAAACCUUGGAAGGCUCUCGGACCUGACGGUCUCAACCCCAUUUUUUUCCAUAAGUUUUGGGCUACGCUUACCCUGUCGGUUGUCAAAGUUGUUUCGGAUGCGUUUGAAUCUGGUCAUAUUGAUCCUGAAAUAAAUAAGACCUUGAUUUGUCUUAUCCCUAAGGUCCUCAAUCCUGAAGUGAUUACUCAAUUUCGCCCUAUUGGUCUUUGUAACACCAUUUAUAAGCUCAUUACUAAGAUUCUCGUUGCUCGUCUUAGACCCCUUCUUGAAGAUCUCAUCAGCCCGCUUCAAGCUAGUUUUAUUCUGGGCAGAAGAGGAGUGGAUAAUGUCGUCAUUGUGCAGGAGGUUGUGCACAGUUUUAAGGGAAAAAAAGGCAGGAUCGGUAACAUGUUGAUAAUACUCGAUUUAGACAAAGCUUAUGAUAGGCUCGAAUGGAGCUUUAUUCUUAAUGUGCUUAGGUCCUUUAAUUUCCUGCCUAUUUGGGUUAAUCUCAUCAUGUCUUACGUGACUUCCAGUUCGUUAGCUAUUCUGUUCAAUGGGGAAAAAACUGAGGAGUUCACUCCUUCUAGGGGUAUCAGACAGGGAGAUCCUAUCUCUCCCUACAUCUUUAUUCUUUGCUUAGAGUUUCUUUCCUCUAGGAUCUCUGAAGCCUAUGGGAAUCAUACCUGGACCCCUAUUCGUGUUUCGAGAAAUGGUCCCCUUCUGUCUUACCUAUUUUUUGCCGAUGACCUCAUUCUUUUUGGCGAGGCCUCCGAGGCCAAUUGUCAUUCCAUCUCUCUCUUGCUUCCGGAGUUUUGCUCAUUAUCUGGGCAAAAGAUCAGUUUUGGUAAAUCUAAAGUUCUUUUCUCCUCGAAUGUUCAAGAUGACAAGAAACAUUUUCUUACCUCUAUCUUAGGGAUCCCUGUCACUAGGAAUUUAGGCAAGUACUUAGGCUGUCCCAUCUACCAUUCCCGACCCAGUAGGGAGUCUUUCCAAUUUCUUAUCGAUAAGAUCCAAGGAAAACUUGCUGGGUGGAAGAGCAAGAUGUUAUCCUUUGCUGGCCGGGCUACUCUGAUUAAAGCUGUUAAUGAGGCCAUUCUUGCUCAUAUUAUGCAGUGUAAUUACAUCCCCAAGUCGGUGACUAAUACCAUUGAUAAACACAAUAGAGACUUUUUGUGGGGUUCUUCCUCGGAAAUUAGGAGAAUUCAUGGAGUAGCUUGGGACACGGUUACCAAACCCAAAAACCUUGGUGGGUUAGGCAUUAGGCAAACCUGUUUAGUCAAUGCAGUCUCUAUGGCUAAGUUGAGUUGGUGUUUGUCGAGGGAGGACAAUUCUCUUUGGGCAAAAACUUUGAAAUCUAAGUAUGGGGGGACUAUGCGAGUUUGUAGUAAGACUUCUCCAACUUGGAGGAAUAUGCUUAAGGGUUCUAACAUUCUUGAAAAAGGAUCGAAAAUGCUCAUUAAAGAUGGUAGAUCAACCCGGUUUUGGAUAGAUGAGUGGGCUAAGUGCGGGCCUUUACGUGGCUGUAUUGAAGGUCCGUUGGCCCCUAGUGAUUCCUCGCUGCGGGUGUGUGAUUGUUGGGUGGCUAACGACUGGGACUUUUCCCGUCUAUCCUUCGUUGUUCCCUCUGAAAUUCUGGAUUGUAUUAGAAGCACCUCUCUAUCCUGGUUCAACACUGGUAAGGAUAUCCGGGUAUGGAAGCAUUCAACUGAUGGUAAGUUUCGUAGUAACUUUGCUUACCUCCUGACUAAGGAGUUUCAUAACUCUCCUCCCAUUACCAACUGGAGUUGGGUAUGGGCUAUUCGGGUUACCCCUCGUAUCCUACAUUUUGUUUGGCGUGUUCUCUAUCUUAAGCUUAACACUAAGACUCAACUGUUCCAUAGACAGAUUGUUGCAGAUAACCUCUGUCCGGUCUGUAAAUGCCUCCCUGAAACCAUUGAUCACGUGUUUAGAGACUGUCCCUCUGCCUCUCAUUGUUGGUCUUGUAUCAGCAUUCCCUCGGAAGUCAUCCCCUCAUUUUCCCUUGAACUUCAUUCUUGGUUCAAGCUAAAUUGUCAAUCUCGUGUUGUCCACUGUUCUACUGUCAAUUGGGCCAUCCUUUUUCCUUUUGUCUGUUGGGCCAUUUGGUUACACCGUAUUUCUUUUUGCUUCCACACCAGUCCCACCCCUUUUAAGGCUCCAAUAGUGGUUGCCAAAGCCUUAGAGUGGCAACACAUUACCGAUUCUGGUGGUCUCAUCAGAACCUUUUGCAAUCUCUCUUUCGGUUGGAAACCCCCUCUCUAUGGGGCCUACAAGCUCAACACUGAUGGUGCAGCUAAAUGUCCUCCUGGUUCAACCACUGGUGCUGGAGUUACUCACCCUACGGGUUUAGCUGCUAGAGGAGGUGUUAUUCGAGACUGGAUGGGUUGUUGGGUUGCAGGUUUUGUUCGUAACAUAGGUGUAGCCUCAGCUAUGGAGGCAGAAUGUUGGGCCCUGAGAGACGGUUUGAAGCUGGCCAUGGACUUAGGCUUAUCUGGAAUUUGUGUUGAAACAGAUGCUAAAGCUGUAAUCAACCUUGUUUUGCAAGAACCUCCUUCAGAUCAUCACUUCGGUAAUCUCAUUCUUGAUUGCAGGUACCUCAUGAGGGAGCUUCGGAUUGUGAUGGCUGAUCAUAUCUAUCGAGAAGCCAACAAGUGUGCGGAUAUCCUAGCAAAUCAACGCAGUCUUGCCAUUACCGGAUUUCAUGUUUUUGAUUCUGCGCCUCGUUUUGUUUUGAAGCAACUGUAUGAUGAUGCUAGAGGGGUUUAA